AUGGGGGAGACGGGUAAUGGGGAGGGGGACGGGGAGAAGCGGGAGACGGGGGAGGGGGAGAAGGGGAAUGGGAAGGGAGCGAGAGGCGAGGGGGAGUUCAGAGGGGGGAGAGGCGAGUGGGUGUGGGGGUAUAGGGAGGGGAGAAGAGGGGACGGAGUCAUGGUAGGGUGGGAUGGAGGGCAAGGGGGAGGAGGAAGCGGAGUGCAUGGGAGAGGUGAGGGAAGGGGGACAGAGAGAAGGGGCAAGCGAGGGGGCAAGGAGGGGAGCAGAAGGGAUGCUGAGGAAGCCAUGAGGCAGCGCGUGCUGCCAGGGCUGAAGGAGAUUUCGCUUUUCCCCCUCCGCAACCCCCUUUCUACUUCAACCCUCCACGCCCAGGGAACAAUGCGGCGGCGGGUGCUAGCAGGGCUGAAAGUGGGAUUGGCUCCGUCCAGACAUCGCCUGGCCAAGGUGCCUGCAGGUGUUCAGUGUGGUGUGGUGGGAGUGCAUGUGUGUGGGUGGGAUAAUGCUCGCAACACUCCCGUGGUUGUGGCUCUCUCCAGACGCCGCCUGGCCAAGGUGAGUGCUGGUGGGGUGCUGGUGCUAUUAGGUAGCACACGGGAAGGCCGGGAACCAGCACACAGGGGAGUGCUUGCAGCAUUCCCGUACUCAUUGCUCUCUCGCGACUCCGCCUGGGCAAGGAUAGACAGGCGUGUGGGGAGGGAGUUGAGGGGGAUGCGGAGAAGGGGGGUGGGGAGGAAGAAGGGCGUGUGGUGCAUGGGGGUGGAGGGAGGUGUGGAGGAGGCACGAAAUGGUUGGAGCAUGAGUGGCGAGAAGGAGUGUUCUGUCAUUUCAGUGAGGGUGGGAGAGGUGAGACGGGAGGCAGAGGGGGGAGAGGCGAGAUGGGAGGCAGAGGGGGGAGAGGCGAGAUGGGAGGCAGAGGGGGGAGAGGCGAGAAGGGAAGCAGAGGGGGGAGAGGCGAGGGAGGAGUCAGGGGAGAGUGAGAGGGAGGGCAGGGGGAAGGAUGGGAGGUCGCCGAGAGAGGUGGAAGUAGAGGCGAGGGAGGAGGGGCAGAGAGUGGAGGAGAGGGAGGUGGAUGGAAAAGAGUUGUCCCUUGACCCAUUCCCUCAGUCCCUUGACCCAUUCCCUCAGUCCCUUGACCCAUUCCCUGAGUCCCUUGACCCAUUCCCUGAGUCCCUUGACCCAUUCCCUCAGUCCCUUGACCCAUUCCCUCAGUCCCUUGACCCAUUCCCUCAGUCCUUUGACCCAUUCCCUCAGUCCCUUGACCCAUUGCCUCAGUCCCUUGACCCAUUCCCUCAGUCCCUUGACCCAUUCCCUCAGUCCCUUGACCCAUUCCCUCAGUCCCUUGACCCGUUCCCUCAGUCCCUUGACCCAUUCCCUGAGUCCCUUGACCCAUUCCCUCAGUCCCUUGACCCGUUCCCUCAGUCCAUUGACCCAUUCCCUGAGUCCUUUGACCCAUUCCCUCAGUCCCUUGACCCAUUCCCUGAGUCCCUUGACCCAUUCCCUCAGUCCCUUGACCCAUUCCCUCAGUCCCUUGAACCAUUCUCUCAGUCCCUUUACCCAUUCCCUCAGUCCCUUGACCCAUUCCCUCAGUCCCUUGACCCAUUCCCUGAGUCCCUUGACCUAUUCCCUCAGUCCCUUGACCCGUUCCCUCAGUUUUUUGACCGAUUCCCUCAGUCCCUUGACCCAUUCCCUCAGUCCCUUGACCCAUUCCCUCAGUCCCUUGACCCAUUCCCUCAGUCCCUUGACCCAUUCCCUGAGUCCCUUGACCCAUUCCCUCAGUCCCUUGACCCAUUCCCUCAGUCCCUUGACCCAUUCCCUGAGUCCCUUGACCCAUUCCCUGAGUCCCUUGACCCAUUCCCUCAGUCCCUUGACCCAUUCCCUCAGUCCCUUGACCCAUUCCCUCAGUCCUUUGACCCAUUCCCUCAGUCCCUUGACCCAUUGCCUCAGUCCCUUGACCCAUUCCCUCAGUCCCUUGACCCAUUCCCUCAGUCCCUUGACCCAUUCCCUGAGUCCCUUGACCCAUUCCCUCAGUCCCUUGACCCAUUCCCUGAGUCCCUUGACCCAUUCCCUGAGUCCCUUGACCCAUUCCCUCAGUCCCUUGACCCAUUCCCCCAGUCCCUUGACCCAUUCCCUCAGUCCCUUGACCCAUUCCCUGAGUCCCUUGACCCAUUCCCUGAGUCCCUUGACCCAUUCCCUGAGUCCCUUGACCCAUUCCCUCAGUCCCUUGACCCGUUCUCUCAGUCCCUUGAUCCAUUCCCUCAGUCCCUUGACCCAUUCCCUCAGUCCCUUGACCCAUUCCCUGAGUCCCUUGACCUAUUCCCUCAGUCCCUUGACCUUCCCUUGACCCAUUCCCUCAGUCCCUUGACCCAUUCCCUCAGUCCCUUGACCCAUUUCCUCAUCCCUCGACCCAUUCCCUCAUCCCUUGACCCAUUCCCUCAGUCCCUUGACCCAUUCCCUCAGUCCCUUGACCCAUUCCCUCAGUCCCUUGACCCAUUCCCUGAGUCCCUUGACCCAUUCCCUCAGUCCCUUGACCCAUUCCCUCACUCCCUUGACCCAUUCCCUCAGUCCCUUGACCCAUUCCCUGAGUCCCUUGACCCAUUCCCUCAGUCCCUUGACCCAUUCCCUCAGUUCCUUGACCCAUUCCCUCAGUCCCUUGACCCGUUCCCUCAGUCCCUUGACCCAUUCCCUCAGUCCCUUGACCCAUUCCCUCAGGCCCUUGACCCAUUCCCUCAGUCCCUUGACCCAUUCCCUCAGUCCCUUGACCCAUUCCCUCAGUCCCCUGACCCAUUCCCUCAGUCCCCUGAGACAUUCCCUCAGUCCCUUGACCCAUUCCCUCAGUCCCUUGACCCAUUCCCUCACUCCCUUGACCCAUUCCCUCAGUCCCUUGACCCAUUCCCUGAGUCCCUUGACCCAUUCCCUCAGUCCCUUGACCCAUUCCCUCAGUCCCUUGACCCAUUCCCUCAGUCCCUUGACCCAUUCCCUCAGUCCCUUGACCCAUUCCCUGAGUCCCUUGACCCAUUCCCUCAGGCCCUUGACCCAUUCCCUCAGUCCCUUGACCCAUUCCCUCAGUCCCUUGACCCAUUCCCUCAGUCCCCUGACCCAUUCCCUCAGUCCCCUGAGACAUUCCCUCAGUCCCUUGACCCAUUCCCUCAGUCCCUGAGACAUUCCCUCAGUCCCUUGACCCAUUCCCUCAGUCCCUUGACCCAUUCCCUGAGUCCCUUGACCCAUUCCCUCAGUCCCUUGACCUAUUCCCUCAGUCCCUUGACCCAUUCCCUCAGUCCCUUGACCCAUUCCCUCAGUCCCUUGACCCAUUCCCUCAGUCCCUUGACCCAUUCCCUCAGUCCCUUGACUUUACCCAUUCCCUCAUCCCUUGACCCAUUCCGUCAGUCCCUUGACCCAUUCCCUCAGUCCCUUGACCCAUUCCCUAAAUCGCUUGACCCAUUCCCUCAGUCCCUUGUCCCAUUCCCUCAGUCCCUUGACCCAUUCCCUCAGUCCCUUGACCCAUUCCCUCAGUCCCUUGACCCAUUCCCUCAGUCCCUUGACCCAUUCCCUCAGUCCCCUGACCCAUUCCCUCAGUCCCCUGACCUAUUCCCUCAGUCCCCUGACCCAUUUCCUCAGUCCCCUGAGACAUUCCCUCAGUCCCUUGACCCAUUCCCUGAGUCCCUUGACCCAUUCCCUGAGUCCCUUGACCCAUUCCCUGAGUCCCUUGACCUAUUCCCUCAGUCCCUUGACCCAUUCCCUCAGUCCCUUGACCCAUUCCCUCAGUCCCUUGACCCAUUCCCUUAG